AUCGCCAUCUCCCUGAAUAUACUAUUCUAUGGACGAGUGCCGGCCUCUCCACUACACCUCGAACCAGACUUCACGCGGGAAACAUGGGAGAAUGUUAUCAAGCCGAACCUGACUGAAGAACUUCUGUUGUCGGAGAACGGCGACUACCCAAACUUCUACGCGGUGACAGAAGUUCGGGGCGACUGGAAGUUCGUCAAG